AUGAAGCUGGUCUCUUUCAUUGCGGCUGGCAGUGUCGCUGCUGCUCAGCAGGUCUACAUUUCAGCAAAUGGGCCAUCGUCACGACCUCAAUGCGCUGCAAAUGGGAGCUAUGCCACAGCUACCCCGGUGUAUUUGUUCCGUGACUUCAGUUUCACUCAAACCGAAACGAUUCGAACAGCAACUUCUCGGCCAGCGCCGACAACGACUACAUCGUUUGCACCUCCGUAUGCUUCGCUGAGUAGCCUUGUGCCAAGUCUGAUAACAACGCAAUGGGGCAAUUGGGAUCCCUCAUCAAAUGCGAGUGCCACAGAUGCUGGAGUACCGUACGGCAAUGCUUCUUGGACAGGCCUGUGGACAACUGUGUCUUGGACGAACUUCACGCGUGGUAUCUACUCGACUACGGUGGAGCCUACAGCUGUUCCUACUAGCGAGCUGGUGCUUCCUCCGCCUGAGUACCUUGCGCCUCGAGAAUGCUACGCCUUCCCAGAGGACUUCAUGCUUGGAGUUGCAGCAAGUGCGGUGCAAAUCGAAGGCGCAAUUGCAGAUGAAGGCCGAACCCCAGUCCAUAUAGACGCAUUGCCUCUUCUUAGCCCAGGAGCAUCGCCGGACUACAUCACCAACGAGAACUACUAUCUGUACAAGCAAGACAUCGAACGUAUCGCUUCGAUGGGCAUCAAGUAUUACCGUUUCUCAAUCCCAUGGUCGCGUAUCCUGCCUUUUGUACUCCCAGGGACACCCGUAAACAAACAGGGUCUGGAUCACUACGACGACAUCAUCAACUUUGUCCUAGAGAAAGGCAUGCUGCCAGCGAUUGUGCUGCACCACACCGAUACCCCACUUCAGUUCUAUUCCAACAUUUCAGAAAUCGGCCUCGCGCCUGGAACUGGCGGUAUUGGAUAUAUCGAUUCAGGAUAUCAGUACUCGUACAAGAACGUGUCGUACGAGGACGCCUUCGUCAACUAUGGCAAGAUUGUCAUGACGCACUUCGCUGAUCGCGUACCCAUCUUCUGGACAUUCAACGAGCCACUGCUUGGCUCAAAGAACGGUAAAUCGAUCAACGCGGUGAUCAAGGCCCAUGCACGCCUUUACCACUUCUACCACGAAGAAAUCAAGGGCACGGGAAAGAUCUCAAUCACCUUAAACGACAACUUUGGAGUCCCACGCGACCCCGAAAAUCCAGCUGAUGUCGACGCCGCGAACCACUUCAACUCUUUCCAACUCGCCACUUUUGCAAACCCAAUCUUCCUCGGUAUCGAUUAUCCCGACUCAUACAAGAUGACGGUUGCUGACUACGUGCCCUUGAAUGCCACCGACCUAGUCUAUCUCAACGGCACGGCAGACUUCUUCUCCAUUCAGCCCUACACUGCGACAGUCGUCAGUCCACCACCCAAUGGCUCGAUUGUAGAAUGCGCAGCUAACAUCACACACCCGCUGCGGCCCUACUGCGUCACACAAACCACAACAGUGCAUGAUACACAGUGGAAUAUCGGCUACCCCAGCCAGACGUAUGUGUAUACCACGCCCACCUAUUUCCGCACGUACCUCAACUACCUCUGGAAUACCUUCAAGGCGCCUAUAGUCGUUACUGAAUUUGGGACUCCUGUAUUUGGCGAGGCAGAGAAGGAGCUAAAGGAUCAACUGUUCGAUAGCCCAAGAAGCCAGUACUACCAGUACUACUUAAACGAGGGGCUGAAGGCGAUUUGGGAAGAUGGUGUGCAGUGGAUUGGAGCGUUCGCUUGGAGUUUUGCGGAUAACUGGGAGUUUGGUGACUUCGAUGCACACUUUGGUAUUCAGACGGUGAAUCGCACGACGCAGGAACGGAGGUACAAGAAGAGUUUCUUUGACUUUGUGGAUUUCAUUGAGAGUCGAAGGCAAAAGGAGUAG